AUCGGUGAUUUCUGUGGCUUGAAGACCUCUGCACCUUUUUGUUGGUUGUGUUUUGUUUGUUUGUUUUUUGUUUUUUUUUUUGCGUGAACGUCUGGGUGUUUAUCAAGUGGCAAGAUGUCCAGUAAUGUCCCGGCGGAUAUGAUCAAUUUGCGUCUCAUCUUGGUAAGCGGAAAGACAAAAGAGUUCCUGUUUUCUCCAAAUGACUCUGCUUCUGACAUUGCCAAGCAUGUGUAUGACAACUGGCCAAUGGACUGGGAAGAAGAGCAGGUCAGCAGCCCAAAUAUUCUACGACUUAUUUAUCAAGGACGAUUUCUACAUGGAAAUGUCACAUUAGGAGCAUUAAAACUUCCUUUUGGCAAAACAACAGUGAUGCAUUUGGUGGCCAGAGAGACAUUGCCAGAGCCAAACUCUCAAGGUCAGAGGAAUCGUGAGAAGACUGGAGAGAGUAAUUGUUGUGUAAUCUUGUAAACACUGUCUGCUAAAUGUGAUGUGAUGUCGUCCUUGUCUUUCAUGCUGCUGGGACAGAAGAGACCCAACAUUGCUUCAGAAACCCUUAGACAGUCUGCCUGUAAAGCCAUGGAACUGAGUGAUCACAUGAACACUGUCAUCUUCUCUCAUGAAAGUAAAAAGAACCGAGAACAUUUUUCACUAUGAUUUUCUGUUCCUAGUAUUUUUGUUUAUGUUGAGCAGUUUUAAAAUACUGGUUUUUGAAUGCAGUCAAUCUCCAAGGGAAAAGUUAACCAAGUUACUUUUCAUAGCAAAAGCCUUUCUGCUAUCACAAAAAUUUUAUCACCAGAACUAACAAAUCAACUGUUCCAAAUACACUUUGCACUAAAAAAGUUUGACAUUAUUUUUUUCAUCAGCAGAAUUUAUAGUUUAGUUUAUGGUACCUAGAAAUACUCAUGUAUACAAUUCCACUGGAAAACACUCAGCAGUUAAUGUAGUUAAUUACUGGGCCAACUGGAGAGGAAAAAAAUGGAAAAGAAACUAAAAUGGGUGAAUUCUACCCAAGUCAGCCGUGGUGGCUGACCUGGCACGGACACUAAACUGGGUGUGACGAUCUUCACCGCAGCAAGUGAAGAAACUGAAGAAACAGAUGUGCCUGGUGUUUGAAGCACUCAGUGGAGAGCUGAUGAGCAAAUUGUUUUCCUUUCACACAUGCACUCUUGAGUCAUAAGUAACCGAGUGCUAGUUCACACAGCACAAAAGGGAUGAGUGUGCUUCCUAGCCUUAAUGUGGAGGGGUAAAUUCCAAUCACUCAUAGACUUUCAUGAUUGGGCAGAAAUAUUAGAAAACCUCAUUUACUGUUCAAUUUUAUGUAUUUGAAUAUCAGUAGAUGGAAUUUUUUCAUAAUUUUUGCUCAUCUAUAAUUGUGUCCAGUGUCAGACUUACUCAUUAGAGAGUUCAGAUGAAUUCUUAAAAUUUAAAAAUUCUCCAUAAUAACUGACUUGUUUCUUUAUGUAGUUUGCAUUUGGUAUCAGUGCUUGCAAUUGUAUUAAAAUCAAUUAUUUCAUUUUAAAUCAAUAAUUUAAAAAUGGAUAUGCUAAAAACAAUUUGCACAGCACUAAAGCAUGAGCUAGUUUCAUCUAAACCUGUAAAAAUAUGAAAGAUUUUAUAUUUUUUCACUGGGGAGAAAUUUUCUUCCUAGAUGAAAUUACAAAUAUGUGUAGAUUAUAUUUAAUAAAAAAACUUAUAAAAUACCUAACCAUAGAACUUAAAUAUAGAUUGGCGUGUAGUAUAUAGAACAAUAAUCCAUAUUAAUAACUUUAGCCUUUAUAAAAUGAAGUUGCAGGCUGACAUGUUCUGUACUUAAAUUUAAGUGUCCACGGUCCUUACAAACAUUAAGUGUAAAGAGUUUCAGAUUGUCAGCUUUGUUUAAAGAUAAUCAGAUUAUUUUAUUCAUUGUUAAUGCAUUGAUGAAAAGGCUUUAUAUGCAGGUCUACGAAAAUAUUGUUCAUACUGAUAGAAUUAAAUUUGUAUAGAGCAGAGUUUUAAAAAUGAAUGUAAAUAGCACUAAACAUUUUUUUCUGCAACCUGUACUUAUAGAUUCUUUCUGUAAACUAAAUAAAAAAGUAUCGUGCA